AUGCAGAUGGGGACAGACAUUGCCCGCUUGAGACGCGGGCUGCAGCUGUUGAAGGGGCUGCAGGGAGAGUCCGGGGAGCAGCAGCAGCAGCAGCAGCAGCAGCAGCAGCAGCAGCAGCAGCAGCAGCAGCAGCAGCAGCAGCAGCAGCAGCAGCAGCAGCAGCAGCAGCAGCAGCAGCAGCAGCAUUCGUCGUCGCGGCACGAGCGGGGACGCGGGCAGCCUCAGACUGGCUUAGCUGGCAACGGGGCAAGCUCCUUGGCAGCAGCCAAGCCCUGGGCGGCCACAACUGGAAAAGCGCAGCCGCCUGUAUCGCAACCGGAGCCGCCGGCGCCGCGCGGGCUCGAGGUGCUGGGCUCCGUCUUUCUGCCCAGCGCCGGCCUGCUGGCGCGCAUGCGCUUCCGCCCCUGGAGCGGGGUCUUUUUGAGCCCAGAGUACCUGAGCGGCGUGGACGCUGCGGAGGCGGCUACUCGGCAGCUGCUGGGGGUGUACGCGGAGCACGGGGUGGUGCCCAUCGUCGAGGCCGAGCUCAGAUGGUGCGGCUGGUUGGUUUGA